CUAACAGACGCCCCCAUCAUGUAUUGAGAAAUCAUGGCCACAUUAGUGUAGUAACCGCUCGUUCUUUCUACUCCUCCCUCUCAUGGUUCCUGUCAUUCGAGGAAGAUGCCUCUGCCGGUCACUAAGCUCCUCCGUUCUUUCCUUUCCAGGUCGGCCGGACUGCUGUGGCGCCGGAAAGAGGUCGUGUCAUCCGACACCGAGGAUGGCGACUACGAGGGCGGCAACCGAACUCCGCCCUCAGUGGCGGCCGCGGAGUGUUAUGCGUGCACCCAGCCGGGCGCGCCGGCCUUCCACUCCACCACCUGCGACCGCGCCCACUCGCCGGAGUGGGAGGCCAGCGCCGGGUCAUCGCUGAUCCCCAUCCGGCCGAGCCAGACCAACGUGCUGCGAAGCCUCCGGCCGGGCAAGUCGGGGGCGUCGCUGCUCGGCGGCCAGGUGCUCGAUCCGAGGAGCGAGAAGGUGCGACGGUGGAACCGGCUGAUCCUGCUCGCCCGGGCGGUGGCAGUGGCGGUGGACCCACUGUUCUUCUACGUGCUGUCUAUCGGGCGGCGAGGCGCGCCGUGCCUGUACAUGAACGGCGGCCUAUUGGCGAUUGUGACGGCGCUGCGCACGGCGGCCGACGCCGUGCACCUGGUGCACGUGUGGCUGCAGUUCCGGGUGGCGUACGUUUCGAGGGAGUCGCUAGUGGUGGGGUGCGGGAAGCUGGUAUGGGACGCCAGGAUGGUCGCCGUCCAUUACCUGCGGUCGCUCAGGGGCUUCUGGUUCGAUGUCUUCGUCAUCCUCCCGGUGCCUCAGGCUGUCUUUUGGCUGGUCGUCCCCAAAUUGAUCAAAGAGGACAAGAUAAAGCUUAUGAUGACUAUACUUCUGCUCAUCUUUGUGUUCCAGUUCCUCCCCAAGGUUUAUCACAGCAUCUGCGUGAUGAGGAGGAUGCAGAAGGUGACCGGCUACAUCUUCGGAACAAUCUGGUGGGGAUUUGGUCUCAACCUCAUCGCCUACUUCAUCGCUUCUCAUGUAGCAGGUGGGUGUUGGUAUGUUCUUGCAAUCCAACGCGUGGCCUCCUGUCUUCAACAGCAGUGUGAGCAGAAGAACGAUUGCGAUCUUGUAUCGCUGGCCUGCUCUAAGGAGGUAUGCUACCCCUUCACCCUGCGAUCUGGCAUGGCUGCUUCAGCUUGUGAGGGCAACUUGAUGGCAUCUACCGGAAUGCAGAACACUUCGGUGUGCUUAAGUGGCAAUGGUCCAUUUCCAUAUGGAAUCUACAAUUGGGCUCUCCCUGUUGUGUCCAGCAGCUCACUUGCUGUCAAGAUCCUCUAUCCCAUCUUUUGGGGCCUCAUGACUCUGAGCACUUUCGGCAAUGAUCUCGAGCCUACCAGCCACUGGCUAGAAGUCAUAUUCAGCAUUGUUAUCGUCCUAAGUGGCUUGAUGCUCUUCACCCUGUUGAUCGGUAACAUUCAGGUAUUCUUGCAUGCUGUUAUGGCGAGGAAGAGAAAGAUGCAAUUACGAUCUCGGGACAUGGAAUGGUGGAUGAAACGGAGACAGCUACCCUCGCGGCUAAGACAAAGAGUUCGUCAGUACGAGCGCCAGCGCUGGGCUGCAACCAGAGGGGAGGAAGAGAUGGAGAUGAUCAAAGAUUUCCCCGAAGGACUGCGGCGUGACAUUAAGCGUGAUCUCUGCGUUGAUCUCAUUAAGCAGGUGCCUCUGUUCCACAAUUUGGAUGAUCUCAUCCUGGACAACAUAUGCGAAAGAGUUAAACCCCUCGUCUUUUCCAAGGGUGAAAAGGUGAUCAGAGAAGGCGACCCGGUGCAGCGCAUGGUGUUCGUCGUCCGAGGCCACCUGAAGAGCAGCCAGUGCCUCAGCAAAGGCAUGGUGGCCACGUGCAUGCUCGGGCCUGGCAACUUCCUCGGCGACGAGCUCCUCUCGUGGUGCUUGCGGCGGCCAUUCGUCGACCGACUACCAGCUUCCUCCGCCACGUUCGAGUGCCUCGAGCCGGCAGAAGCCUUCGGCUUGGAUGCGCCCGAUCUCCGGUACAUCACAGAGCACUUCAGGUACAAGUUCGCGAACGAGAGGCUCAAGCGAACGGCGAGGUUCUACUCGUCCAACUGGCGGACGUGGGCGGCUGUCAACAUACAGCUCGCCUGGCGCCGCUACAAGACGAGGACGGGAGGCGCGGCGAAUGGACCGCCGGAACAGCGCGACGGCGAACGCCGCCUGAGGAUGUAUGCUGCCAUGUUCAUGUCGCUGCGACCUCAAGACCAUCUCGAGUAGAACAAGAGCAGUCAUGUUGAUCGGAGUUCAAAGGCCACUCGAGAAGAGAAGAAAUUUAGAAUUCAGCACGAGAAAUAAUUCAGCUUGUUGCAUGAAAACUCUGGUGACUUGAUCUCUCAGUCUCCGGUUGAAGCUUUAGAAGCGCCAAUGUUCUUUUCUCGCGCUCCGUGGUGCGAUAUGAAGAAUGCAUUAAGGUAGUUCUUUUCACUUUGAUAUGUGAUUGAAGUUAUAGAGAUGCCAACAUGUUGAUCUUGAAGCACAAAAAUUAGUGAGGAGGUACUUAUUCUAUCA